ACACUUUUAUUUCAUAUUUGAGAUUUGAGACCAUACCUUGAUAAUAGACAUAAAAACAUUAAUUUCAUUGAUAGCGUACCUAACACACGGCAACAGACACACAAUUACAAUUAAGAAGAGGUACCAACCUAGUUGAAUCUGAUUCACUCAAUUUGAGUUCACAAUAUUCAAGAAAAGGCGCCCAAAAUAAUAUUAGGUUACUUUACCAAAAUGUCAAAGCGUCCCGCUUCCGAAGCAUUAAUAGACGAAGUAAAAAAGGCCACGAAGGAUGGCAAGAAACAUUCCUUGGAUUCCGACGAAGAAGAUAGUGGUGCUGAAGAAGAGAAGAAUAAUGUUAUGAACUCCAAUGAUAUUGAAGGUGAAGAGGAAGGAACUGGUGGAAUGGAAGGUGAAAUUACAAUAACACCUUUUAACAUGAAAGAAGAACUUGAAGAGGGGCAUUUUGAUACACAAGGACAUUACCAUUGGAAAAAAGAAAAAGAAAUUCGUGAUGGAUGGCUUGAUAACAUUGACUGGGUUAAAGUAAAAGGUAGACCAGAGGAUAAAUAUAAAAUUCAUCAUAGCGAUGAAAAAGGACUUGGUGAUGAAUCUAGUAGUGAAGAUGAACAAGAACAACAAUUUGAUUUGAUACAUAACUAUAAAGAAAUAUUACAACAUAUGAAACCUAAAGAAACAAUCGCCAAAGCUUUACAGAGACUUGGUGCCACUUCUAAAAUGUCUAGUGCAGAACGUUGGAAAAGAAAAAAAGCUGGCAUUGUUGAUGGAAACAGUCAAAUUGUAACAAGAGUUACUGAACUUGCUAAUCAAAUCUUAACAAAAAUGGGAAACAUGGACAUCUAUCAGGAGUCCUAUGAGAAAAUAAGCAAACUAUUAGAUAAGAAGAAAAAUAAGAAUGAUGAUACUGAACUAGAUAUGUAUGCAGAUGAUUUUGAUCAGAAAGAACAACAAACUCUAGGAAAUAAAAGUGAUCAAAAUGACACAAAUAAUACCCAUGAUGAAGCCUCUGAAAAUGAGACACAAGAACUGAAAUGGGAAUUCAAAUGGAACCAAGAUGAUGACACUGAAGUAUCAGGACCUCAUUCUACUGAACAAAUGAAUAAAUGGGCAUCAGAAGGUCAUUUUAAAACUGGAGUAUGGGUACGGAAACAUGGGGAAGACAGUCAAUUCUAUAGUUCAAACAGAAUAGACUUUGAGUUGUAUAUGUAGUUACUCUGUGUCUCACCACCACAACCAUUCAGCCUUAGCUUUAAAUGUGACAAAUACAUUUUUAAAAGCAGUUAAAACAAAAUCAUGACCCUAUCUGUUCUUACACCAUUAUUGAAACCAAUAGACACGACAAUAUGGGAUAACUAUUGGGUAUAUAACUUAAGAAUGCAGGUUUUUUCAAAUUGUAAUUUUUACAAUUGUUUAUUUUUAAGCAUUUGUACAAUAUGAAUUUAUUCAUAGUAUUGGCGAUUAUUAGCCUCAAUACAGUCUACGUAACUCGUCAUGCGAUAAACCGCGAUAUUCGCCUGAACCACUUAACAUCAGAUGGGCUGUAAGCCCUUCUAACUAUUAACGAAUAUUUUAAUAAAUUUUUAUUGUCUCCGGUUCGGCCACGUCGACACAAUUUUUUGCCCUUUUUUUUAACUCGAAAUCAAAUGAAAUAUGUAGUUAUAUUUUAGUUAUGUCAUGAAAACAAAAGCCUCACAAACGAUAGUAAAAUAUGAAUGUACAUUGGAAAAUAAAAAAAAUCUUUAUUA